UGGCCCUCAAGAGGGGUGGAUUGUGAGACCCCACAUCGACAGUAAGGCUCAAAAUAAUAUAAUAAAAUAAUAAAUGGUCUUUGCUCGAAGUUUUUGUAGCCCCAAAUGCAACUUUUGAUCAAAUCAUAAUAUAUUCUCAAGUGAUAUGACCUCUAAAUAAGAACAAUUAAGAUAUUCAUAGUAGUUUAUUACUCAACAGUAUCUCUAAUUCAUGGUUGCUAGGUAGGAUCUGUCAGUAACGAUAGUUAGGCUCAAAAUAAUGACAACUGCUGGCAAAGACCAGAAGAUAUGAGAUAUACGAGACCUGUUUCGGAGUGUGAUGCCUGGGCUUCAGAUCUCGCUGGAGAGGUUGUCGCAGCGUUAUCGGCUGCAUCGUUAGUAUUCAAAGAAGAUAACAACUAUUCAGGAGAAUUAGCAAAAGCUGCAGAGAAAUUGUUUGAGCAAGUGACUAAAUUAGACCCAAGUGAGCAAGGAACUUAUACCUUAGUUGAUUCAUGUGGAGGAGAAGCAAGAAACUUCUACAACUCAUCAGGUUUCAUGGAUGAAUUGAUAUGGGCAGGAACUUGGUUGUUCUUUGCAACCGGAAACGCUUCAUAUCUUGCAUAUUCUACUGAUUCUGUCUGGUUUCAGUUAGCACGGACCGAGGUAGCAAGUAUUGACCAAGGGAUUUUCGAUUGGAACAAUAAGUUCAGUGCAACAGCGGUAACUUGAAUCGAAGUCUUAUUUGAAUUUCUAAUAAAAGAUGGAAGGUUUACACUGCUACUCUUUCAAUAGGAACUAUUGACACGCCUUCUCUAUUUUCAUGACAUUGGCUACCGUACGAAUAUGCCCUAUGAGCAUCGUCAAACAUGACAGAGAUCCUCAUGUGUUCUUAUCUCAUUCAGCAACACUUCAACAGGACACCAGGUAAAACAUCUGUUCGGAUCUCAUAGAUCGUAUAAACUUACCAUCCAUAGAAAUAAUAUGCGUAGGUUUGUUUCCAGUAAUACGCUAUUCUUUCAAUCAUGAAUAUAGGUGGACUGAUCCUCCUAAGGCCUGAUGAUGGAGCACCACUACAGUUUGCUGCAACAGCAUCAUUCCUCAGUAAAUUGUACAGUGAUUAUCUUGAUCUCUUGGGAGCAUCUUAUAUGAGUUGCAUUUUUGCCAAUCCUGGCUUUUCUCUGGAAAAGUUGAAGGCCUUCUCCAGGUCUCAGGCAAGUGCAGAACUAUUUUCUUCGUCUUCUAUAUCCAAAAAAAUGUAGAUUGUACCAACAUUCCCCGAAAUCAUCUGUAACAGCCCAAGCCCAAGCUCAAGCCCACCGCUAGUAGAUA